UUUUUGAGAAGCGGGGAGGGGAGUAGCCUGCAUCACAUCCAGAAUUUUCUUUGUAAAUACCGUCUGUGAAACAUYGCUUGAAAGCUUGUUCUGGACCCCCCGCAAAUUGCGCGAUUAUAUAUAAUAGAUUCUGAUUGGCUGUUAGCCAUGCUCAUUCUAUUGUGAACUCCCAUUGGAUAACRCUAUCAAACAAGAUGUGGACAAGCAAAGCGUCCUAGUUUUCAAAAUGGCGUAUCCUAUUGAUGAGGAUCUUUGGACUAGAGCAUUUUUAGAAGUUUUUAGAAGUUUUUGCUAGUAAUAGAUGUUAACAUGUGCCUGAAUUGUUAGCCCCCAGCUUAGCUUUGAGUCUUAAAAUGGCUUCAAUACCUUGCAUACCUAAUGAUGAUAACGUUAACAUUGAAGGCCCAGGAUCUGUGCCAGGUGUAGAACAUGAAGCUAGGGUUCCUAAAAAGAUAUUAAAAUGUAAAGCUGUUUCUAGAGAGAUAAACUUCUCGUCACAAGAAGAAAUGAAUAAGUUCAGACUUGAACAGAAGGUCUUGUUUAAGGGAAAAUGCUUAGAAGAGUGGUAUUUUGAUUUUGGAUUUGUGAUUCCAUCAUCUACCAACACUUGGCAAUCCCUGAUAGAAGCGGCACCUGAAUCACAGAUGAUGCCUGCAAAUGUCUUAAAUGGAAAUGUUGUGAUAGAAACAAAGUUUUACGACGCUAACCUUCUUGUCAGUACAUCAAAAGUACGGGUCUUCUAUGUAUAAAGGCAUUCUGUCUGUCUGUCUGUCUGACUAAGAGUCUGUCCAUGUCCUUCCUCUCAAUGUAGAUUCACUAGAAUAUUAAUAUACAACAGCCUUUAGUAUCAUUACCCAGGUGAUUAUAGAAAAUCUGGCUCACUGAUUGGUUGUAUAUUAAUAUACAACAGCCUUUAGUAUCAUUACCYGGGUGAUUAUAGAAAAUCUUGCUCCCUGAUCAGUUGAAUAUUGAUAUACAACAGCCUUUAGUGUCAAUUAGUAUUUUUACGCAAGUGAAUAUAAUAAAUAUAGCAUGCUCAUCUUGUCACAAUUGAUUUCUUAUGCUGCUAUAUUCACCUAYACGGGAAURUAACAUGCACCUGCUUGCUCGUUUGUUGAUUUGUAGCACUUGCAGAGAUAUAAACAAAAAACUCUCUCUCUCUCCAUUAUUUAUUAUAUUCACUUGUGUUAAAGGUACUAAACAAAUAUUCACCUUACUGAAUAUCGGGGAAUAUUUACCUCGCCAUUUUUAUUCCCCAAUAUUUACUGAGCCUAAGGCAAAUAAUCAUUAAAUCUUUACCUCACUGCUAAAAGACUUAUGACUUAUUAAAUAUUCACUGAUGAUCACUUCACCCCAGCAAAUGAUUGUUAAAUAGAACACCUCAUUAAUAUUCGUUAUUAUUAUAUGGCCGUGAAUCUUAGAGCCUGGACACUAGCAAAUUGAGCAAUCUGAUUGGAUAGAUUGCAUCGCGGACUGGUCUAGAUUCUCUAGUAUUAACCAGUCCGAUGGCAUAUUAAUCUUACRGCGAAAACAUUUUGUCCUUUUCAAUGAAAAGUGGUCAUAUAAUAAAACUCUUAUCAACCGAGCUUGGUCGGUCUGUACGGGAUAAUCUUGACCUCGGUCGGGUACAGACCUCGGUCAAGAUUAUCCCGUACAGACCUCCCGCUCAGUUAAUAAGAUCUAAAUAUUAAUUAGUGUUUAUGUAGUGCUUUUUUAUGUUUUGGCAACCCAAACAACUUCAGAGCAGUUGAUGGCUUUCAUUAAUUAAUUCUGUUAAGAUUCUUUGUUGAAGGCCAAAAUUCACAUUUGAAAUUUGUGCAUGUUGCAAAAACACAAAGACAUCCUAUGUCAAUAUAAAAAAAUUUCAUUCCU